AUGGCAGUCUCGGUUAUUUCUGUACAAAAGGAAUACGAAAAACUACGUAAUGUGAAGCAAGAAGACAUUAAAGAAAUAAUGGCGUGGCUAGGCACACAGCCGCAUCUCCCACAUCAGUAUAUCACGGAAUUGGACGUCAUACUCGCGUAUCACAGUUGUGCAUGCGACACAGAAGUAACAAAACGGGUCAUUGAUGUCAAUUACACGCUAAGAACAUUGUUCCCGUUUUACCAGAACAGAAAAAUGGACAAGUGUCUGGAAAACGCUUUCCAAACCUGGUUAAUUGUGCCUCUAUCGAAUGUCACCAAGAAAGGUUACAAACCAAUUUAUUGUGAACUAUUGGAUGCAGACCCUCAAAAAUUUGUUUACGGUGAUGUCAUCAAAGCAUUCUUCAUGGUUAUGGAUCUAUGGCAGUAUGAAGAAGGUACGGUACCAGGCGUUGCAUUGAUAGUAAAUUUAGAUAGAGUAUCGCUUGGUCACAUAUCUAAAGUUGACUUGACUAUAGCGCAGCAAUUCUUCUACUUUUUGCAGGAAGCAAUGUUUGUCUGCCUCAAAGAAUUCCAUUUUAUAAAUGCUCCGACAUUCAUUGAUAAAUUGCUUGCCAUGGUCCGACCGUUUAUGAAAGAUGAAUUGCUUGACAUAUUGAAGGUUCAUCAAACAGAUGUCAAUACUUUAGAUGAAUAUAUAUCGACAAACGAUUUGCUCAAAGCUAAUAAAGAGAACAAAGAAGCUUUAAAAGAUACUAUCUGUAGUAGAUUAGCAGCUAAUUCAACAUUUUUUGAAGAUGAGUCAAAGCAAAGAGUAGAAGAAUCUAAGCGACCAGGAGGUUCUAAAUCUAUGAUGGAUGUACGUGACGGCACGUGCAGUUCGCGGCAUGGGUAG